GGCCCGCCGAGGUUUGCGGGGAGGAGGAAGCGCCGCGGGGUCCCGGGAUCCCCCACGCGCGCGGGCCGAGGCCGGAACUUUUCUCCUCUCGCCGCGGGAUGGCGGCGGAAGCCGGAACCUUUCUUCUCGCGUCGCCGUUGGCGGGCGGAGGCGUGCGGAACCGGAACGGUCCUCCCGCGGCCGGGCUCGGGCCGCGGUCGCCGGCUGCUGACGUGGGCCGGCCGGGUGCCGGGCGCCGAGGGUGCGGGUCGCCGAGAGUGCGGGUCGCCAUGGCGGUGGACAUCACUCUGCUGUUCCGGGCCAGCGUCAAGACGGUGAAGACGCGCAACAAAGCGCUGGGAGUGGCGGUGGGCGGCGGGGUUGACGGCAGCCGCGACGAGCUGUUCCGCCGGAGCCCCCGGCCCAAAGGCGACUUCUCCAGCCGGGCGCGAGAAGUGAUUUCACACAUCGGCAAACUGAGAGAUUUUCUUCUGGAACACAGGAAAGAUUAUAUUAAUGCUUAUAGCCAUAUCAUGUCUGAAUAUGGGAAGAUGACAGACACAGAACGAGAUCAGAUAGACCAGGACGCUCAGACAUUCAUGAGGACCUGCUCAGAAGCAAUUCAGCAACUAAGAGCACAAGCCCACAAGGAGAUCCAUUCCCAGCAAGUGAAGGAGCACAGGAGCGCUGUUUUGGAUUUCAUAGAAGAUUACUUAAAAAGAGUGUGUAAACUUUACUCAGAACAAAGAGCCAUCCGAGUUAAACGAGUGGUGGAUAAGAAAAGAUUGGCCUUUGUUGGGGGCAUACAAGAAAUAAGAGCUCUACUUGGCUCUAUAACUGAUCUAAGCUGGAACCAGAACCAAAUACAAAAACAAAAGAAUCCAUGUUUUCUGAGAAAGUUUCACAGAAUCCUUCAAAAGACUCUGAAGAAAAGCCUAUCACUGAGGAAUAUCCAGAAAAGAUUCCAGCUGAAGCACAACCUGAAUUGGGAAGCUGGGGAGAUGGCAGAGGUGAAGAUGAGUUAUCGCCGGAGGAAAUACAAAUGGCAAAUUGAAGGGAAAGUGGUUGAAAUUUCCAGACUCCAAGAGAUAUUCACAGAAAAGGUUUUACAACAGGAAGCUGAGAUUGACAGCAUUCACCAAUUAGUUGUAGGGGCAACUGAGAACAUAAAGGAGGGCAACGAAGACAUCAGAGAGGCCAUUAAAAACAACGCCGGCUUCCGAGUGUGGGUCCUCUUCUUCCUGGUGAUGUGCUCCUUCUCCUUGCUCUUCCUCGACUGGUACGACAGCUAGGCUGGGAUGUCGUGCCUGCUGGCCUUGGGCGGUGGGUGCGCUACAAGAACUUGCACCCGGUCGCUUCUGGCCAACAGGGCGCUGCUGUGUGUCUCUAGCCCCAGAGUGUGGUUGUGACCAGAUUUUAUCACAGAGCCAUUUAGGGAGGGGGGCUGGGACAGACAUGUCCUGUCAUCAAAGGGAUGCCCCAACCUGUGCUUUGAAGACUAUUUAGUAGCUGAGAAAGAAAACACCGCGAACUGAAAGUACUCUGUGGCGGCAGUCCUGAGGCCAGAUGGACGACACGGAGAGGCGCUCGUUGGUACCUGCACCUGAACGGGAGGCCACCUCCCGCUCCGCCAGCUGUCCAGGGCUCACAGGAAGGCACCAGCCUUUCCCGCCUGGUGGCUUCAGGGAAGAGCCCUGGCUAAUAACGUCUCACAACAAACGAUCGCUUCUUUGUUUCCUGUGGCUUCUUGUCUGCCUGAGCCAAGUAGAAAAUAAAACUCACCUUUGCCUUGGUAAUCUACUAAAUACGAUUACAGCCACUUAA